AGGUUAAGCUGAUUUUGGCUAGAGCACGUAAAAAGGAGGGGUGAGUGUAUUAAGCAUAUGACGUUCCUGAGAUUUUCUGGGGUCGACAAUGGAUAUGAAGAUUGGUUUAAGCACGAAAGAAGCCUUCGCGAGGCUUUGUGAUAUACUAGAAUCUGAAAUUGACAAGGAACAUGAACGUGCUGUUGGACCCUUUACAUUAAGUACCAGAGGUUUCGAAACGUUCUUUCUAAUUCAUUGUGGCGACACGCAUGUGUAUUCGAGAUUUUCUGUGAAUAUAGGUUGCACUCUAUUAGACCAGCUCGCAUCAAUUCUGUUCUUGGUUAUAACAGUAUCUAACAUAUACCAUUCCUCAAAAAUAUACCGUAAUCAACGACUUGCCAUAAUUGCAAGAGCUUUGAAUAUUUUGGAUAUUCUGAAAUCACUGAAAGAAGAGAACUUCGAAUAUGAACAUCUUUAUACGCCACCAUCCGAUGCUAUCAGUUUACAGUGGACAUACAGGGAUCACAGGUUAGUGAAUGUACCGUGGAUGCUUUUGGUAAAUGAUGAUGUGAUUGAACUUCGUGCUGGACAGUCAUCACCGUGCCGAUGUAUGUCACAAAAUGGUGAUAUCAUUGAUUUGGGAGAUAAACUACGAUAUCCAGAAAUACUGUGUCCUGAAACUCAUGGUAUACUUCCAUCAAAACCGACAUUGUGGAAAGUUGUUGAGCCGCCAAUUGUUGCGCAUAUACGCUCAGCUUUUCUUAAUUAUCGCAAAAAAUAUUCGAAUUUGUUAAAUUCUGAAAUUGAUAUAACACUUCAUUUUAUCCUUGAACGAUGUCUUUUGCCGUUCAUAUUCACGAUUAUGUUCAUAUUGCGUUGUUUUCGGAAAGUAUUUUUUGUGGCGAGAGAAAGUAUUGUCCAUUUCUUGAUGGAUACAGCACUGAUUCUUCUUCCUCUGUUGGGACCCAUGAUUCCAGUCUUCUGUUUGAUUGGAAAGUUAUGGAAUUUGGGUUUUGUUUUGGGUGACGACUGUAACUUGCGAUACAGUGAAUCAAACUCGGAAGUCGUUACAGCUCGUAUUUUUAUUGACAAAAGUAGGAAAGGAGGAAUUGUCAAUGGCUUUAAGACGGUUUAUCAUUAUUUCACAGGUCAUAUCCACACUUCAACGGAUUUUGUUUUCACAUGCGGUGGUCUCACAUCUUGUGCAUUCCUAGACAAAAAGGGUUUACUUUCGUGGCCAAAUGCAACAAUCGAAAAAGUGCUAUGCUUCCACUCUGAUGAUAAAGGAGAAGAGCGAAAACUGGUACCAAAAAUCUUGGAUUUAACGAUGAAUGGAGUUGAAUCUUUCCCUGUGCAUUUCGAUGACUCUUCUUGGGAGUGCUAUAAGGGAUCUUUACUGCCGUUUGGCAUUAACAGUAUUGUAAAUGGCUGCUCUUUGCUGGCAAACUAUACAUUAUUCCUGAAUCACAUCGGCAGUAUUUCGGAAACUGUGCCGAACACUAUUGCAGCUUCUAAUCGACAUUGUUUAUGUCCAUUAAUUCGCUUAUUAGGGAUUGGUGACGAAGUUUUAGCAAAGUUUAAUACUUCAGAUACCAGAACGAUAGGUUUUUACAAGCGAUUACAAGGGGAAGGAUCAGAUAACGAGCUGCGGAAGUUUCGAAUGCCAUUAGAAAAUGCAUUUCUGACAAUUACGAAAGACGCAACAUCGAAAUAUUAUCAUGUUAUGAGUCAAGGAACAGCUGAUUUAUUACUUAAUGCUUGCACUCAUAUAUGGUGUGAAAAUUCUCUAGAACUAUACACACCAAAUUUGCAUAAGCGCGUUCUUGAUUUUUAUCAGCGCAACACAAUGACCGGAUUCUGUUUGGUUCUUGGCUAUCGAACACUGGGUUGCACGAUUUCAGAUGCAUUGAGUGAAAGAUAUAUCGAUAUUUCGUUACUAAAGAAAUAUGAAAAAGUUAUAGAAAGGACUUCAAUUCCAAGAACGGUCAGCCUUGAUAUGGAGCUUUUGAAGGCAUUUUAUCGACAGUCACCUUUGCACACUGCUUAUGAAUGCUUUGACGAAGUGAUGCAUGGGCAAACAUUAUGUGGUUUGCUUGUCUUACAAUAUCAGGCUCGAAGUGAUGUCGUUCAAUUAGUGGAACAGUUAGACCAUGCUUGCGUUCGAUUCAUUUACUUUUCGAAGGAAAAUGAAUUGCGCAGUCGAGUUUUUGCUGAAAAAUUAGGCUUGGAAGCUGGAUGGAAUUGUCAUAUAUCAUUAGCCAGUGAAGAUGAGCAAUCUGAUGUUCCUGAUGCAGGCAAGGAUUCUUAUCGAUGUCCAACAGAGUUAGCAUUGCAACGUUCGGCUACUUGGUUUGAACAUUUUCCAAUACAGCAAAAACGUCCUUCUAUCGUUUCGAUAGGAAGUACCUUCAGAAAUUUUAUGCAAAUGUCAAAUCGAAGCGAGUGCAAUCUGUGUUCGUCGUCAUUUGUACUUAAGCAAUUAUCGUCAAGAUCGGAAGCUUUAUUAAAAAAGAGUCAAAGUUAUCACUCAGUAUUUUCAUACAGUGAAGAAACAGGUCCGGAAGUUUUUCCAAACAAAGCGAAAUUACCAUCAGGAAUUAAUAAUAUACGCCCUCACUUAGAGAAUGUUGAUAAUGUUCCACUUUUGGUUAACCUUUUCACAGACUGCGAUCAUUUUUCUUGUCAAAGAAUGAUUGAAAUAAUGCAGGAUUAUGGUGAAGUUGUGCUUGUUGUUGGGUCAUCGUUAAAUUAUUUCAAUAGCAACAUCUUUAGUCAGGGGAACUGUUCAAUCACUAUCGAGCCUCAGCAUCCUGCUUUGUGUAGCAGAAAAAUUCCUCAGAAUGAUAGUGGAUUGAAAAAGGCAUCAGCCAUCGCUACUUUGCUCAUGGGACUAUGUUGCGAUAUUGUCGUAUUUCCAAGUCAGACCAUGGACCUUAUUUCGUUGAUCUUAUUUUGUCGACAUCAGUUAGGAGCAUUUCGUUCCUCUUUUCUAUUUUUCAUAUUCUCAUCUAUAACACUUACACUGCAACAAACGUUUACUCUGUUGUUUCUCCCGAAUGUCUUAUCCCUUUUUCAGGUAUUCUUAUUCAUGGUUAUAUAUAUACCACUGUUAGCCUUAUCAUUGUUGGCUUCACCUUAUGGCUUUGGUGAAAAUCACGAUGAAAUAGCACCGAAAAAUGUUUCCUCAACUCCGAAACGUUUCAUUCGUCGUGCAGUCAUCUAUUUCUCAAUAAAUUUUCUUCCAUCUCUUGUCGUCAUUUGCCUUAUUUAUUACAGCACCAUUGUAUUAAGUGGGAAAAAGUACGAGCAUCAGCGAAGUUGUGACUGUUCGUUUUAUGCUGCUAAUCAUGCCAUUAUUAUUGGCCAGCACGUUGCAUCUUUUUAUGUACGCUGA